UCUAUGGCGGCCGAUAAAAAAUAAAACACGGAAAAAGGCACGGAAAAAAACGGUGGCGAAAAAUUGUGUUUUGCGCGUGCGGGAGUGAGAAAUAGCGACGGAAAAUAUAACCAUGGCGUGUGUUUUUUUGCAAUCAAGAGUUUCCACGACAGCACAUCGUCAAUGAAGCUGAGAAAUUCUCUUUUAAUUUGGUAUAAAUUGUAUUUGUCUUGAAAUAAGUAAUAUUACUGUAAAUAUAUAUUCUACGUAUCGGGUUUUACGCGAAAAGUUGAAAAUAAUGAAAAGACCCACAUAAAUAAUAAUGUUAAAUAGAAAUUAGCAAGAGAUCACUCAAAAUUCGAAAAGUGGAAUCGUUGCAUUUUCUUGUACAAACACGUAGUUUGUAAUAAGCCGGAACCGAACGGAGCGGACCGGAAACGGAAGUAAAACUCAAAUGACAGCCAACUGAGUGCAAGGACGAGAGCAGACCACGCCGGAGCGGGAUAGCGUGCGCCAAUGAAAACGUCCCAACAGACGAGAGCGUCCGAUUUCGUUGACUACGCCGCCGUUGCCGGAGGAGGAGGAGGAGUUGGAGUUGGGCUUCCAGGAUCAGGAUCAGCAUCAGCAUCAGCAGGAUCGGUAGCUCGAUCGGUAUCGGGCUUCGGUGCGCUACUAGGAGCGGGACUGCCGGCCAGAGCGGUGUCCUUCUACGGCUGUGAUCUAACGGUAACGGCAACCGCGGACGGAACGCGUCAUCAUCAGCAGCAGCAGCAGCAGCAACUCGAGCAGCGGCAACCUACAACAUCAUCGGCAGCAUCAGCAUCAGCAUCAGUAUCAGCGACCAGCAAGCGAAAACGUCAAACAGAUUGCGAUUGCGGCUGCGUGGACUCUUACAAUUACAACCACGGCCCGCAGGAGUCGUCAGCAGCAUCAGCAACAGCGGGCGCGGCGGCAGGAUCUGGAGGAUCGAGAGCUGGAGUGGGAGCGGGAGCGGGAUCAGGACCAGACGCGAUCAGCUUCAAGACGGCGCACACAAAGGUCGCCACCUCGGGGGGCCAUGCCAAUACGCAGCCCCCCAGCAAGAGGUCCAGCAGUGGAGCGGAUGGCGACUACCAGCUUGUCCAGCACGAGGUCCUUUACUCCCUCUCGGCAGAGUAUGAGGUGCUGGAGUUCUUGGGCCGCGGCACCUUUGGCCAGGUGGUCAAGUGCUGGAAGCGCGGCACCUCCGAAAUCGUGGCUAUUAAGAUCCUGAAGAACCAUCCCUCGUAUGCGCGUCAGGGCCAGAUCGAGGUCUCGAUCCUCUCGCGUCUCAGCCAGGAGAAUGCCGACGAGUUCAACUUUGUGCGGGCCUUCGAGUGCUUCCAGCACAAGAACCACACCUGCCUGGUGUUUGAGAUGCUCGAGCAAAACCUUUACGACUUUCUCAAGCAGAACAAGUUCUCGCCGCUGCCCCUCAAGUACAUAAGGCCCAUCCUGGAGCAGGUAUUGACGGCCCUGUUGAAACUGAAGCAACUGGGUCUGAUCCAUGCCGAUCUGAAGCCAGAGAACAUCAUGCUGGUGGACCCAGUGCGACAACCAUACCGCGUCAAGGUGAUAGACUUCGGCAGUGCCUCUCAUGUCAGCAAGACGGUGUGCAACACGUACCUGCAGUCGCGCUACUAUCGUGCCCCCGAGAUCAUCCUGGGCCUGCCCUUCUGCGAGGCAAUCGACAUGUGGUCGCUAGGCUGUGUGGUGGCGGAGCUCUUUCUCGGCUGGCCCCUGUAUCCGGGCAGCUCGGAGUUCGACCAGAUCCGCUACAUUUCGCAGACGCAGGGUCUGCCCACGGAGCACAUGCUGAACAGCGCCUCGAAGACGUCCAAGUUCUUUUACCGCGACGUCGACUCCACGUAUCCCUUCUGGCGGCUAAAGACCACCGAGGAGCACGAGGCGGAGACGAACACGAAGAGCAAGGAGGCCCGCAAGUACAUUUUCAACUGUCUGGACGACAUUGGCCAGGUGAAUGUGCCCACGGACCUGGAGGGCGGUCAGCUGCUUGCGGAGAAGACGGACCGCCGCGAGUUCAUUGAUCUGCUGAAGCGAAUGCUGACCAUCGACCAGGAGCGUCGUCUGACACCCGCCGAGGCGCUUAAUCACUCGUUUACGCGUCUGACCCAUUUGGUGGACUAUGUGUACUGCAACAAUGUCAAGGCCUCGGUCCAGAUGAUGGAGGUGUGCCGCCGGGGCGAUUUCCACACUGUGCAGCCCGCUUCGACUCUGGUGACAAACUUUGUGCCCUCGAGCACCGAAAACAUGACGUUCACGAUCAACAACCAGCUGACCAGCCAGGUGCAGCGUCUUGUGCGCGAUGGACGUCCCUUGGCCUACGAGGGCUUGUACCAGAUCUACAACGGACGCAGCGUGGCCAGGCAGUACCCUCAGGCGCGGACGGAUAGCUUCCAGCAUCAGCUUGUGUCGAACAUUUUGUGCCCGCCCUCUUACCAGGCCAUGCCCAGUCCGACCAAGCAUGUGGUGGUGGGCAGUGCCACCAUGCAGCCCCCGUUGCAGGUGCCGCCGCAGCAGUAUGUCAAUGUGCCGGUGCCGGUAUCCAUGGUGGAGCCCACAUCUGGGCAGAGGAUGUUGCUGACGAACCGGGUGCAGGCGAGCGGUGUUGCCUGGCCGCAAACUGGCAGGCAGAUGGCCUUGGUGCCUUCGUGGCCACAGCAGGCGCCCGCCCACUCGCUUAUCGUGGACUCUACGCCGCUGUUCAACGUGGAGGAGAUCUACCCGAAGCAUCACCUCAACUUGCCACGCAACGAUCUCAAGAAGGAGUCGCCGGCUCACCAUCUAGCUAAGGGAAACUCUUAUCGCGCGCCGCGGCACGAGAAGAAGGAGCACCAGCAGCUGUCGCCGGUGAAGAAGCGGGUGAAGGAGAGCUCACCGCCGCAUCAGCAGCGCUACCAGCGCACCACCCACGUCUCGCCGCAGUAUCACGCGCACCACAACUGCAGCUAUGGCAACGGAGGAGGUGGUGGUGGCUACAGCGCCAAUGCGGGAUCGGUGGUGGCCUCCUCGGCUACCUCCGCCAGCAACAUUGUGAACGUCGGUUCGUCGAGCUCGCACCAUCACCAUGCCCCGGUGGCCCAUGCCCAGCCUAGCUACAGCAGCUCCUCCUCGUCGGCUCAUCAUAUUGUAAGCAACUGCAACGCGAACGGAGGUGGAGGCUACCCACAGCCGCCGGUACAUGCCCACCAACAGCAUUCGCAUACGACGCAGCCCCAUCCCCAACAGAAUCCCGGCCAGCAUUUGCAGCAACACCAGCCGCUGCCGCAGCAUGUGAAGCAGCCGACGAUCACCAUUCACGAUACGCCCUCGCCCACGGCCGUGAUUACGAUCUCCGACAGUGAGGACGAGGGCGGUGAUGGACUUGGAGUGGGAGGAGUGGGCCAGGUGCCGGUGGUCAAGCAGAGGGCGCAUGCCCAGUCGCAGACAAGCAGCAGUCUUCUGCAGCAGCAGCACGCGCCCAGCUCCAGCUCUUCGUGCAGCAGAAGCAGCGCCCAUCAGCAGCCGCAGCAUCCGCAACACCAGCAGCAGCAGCAGCAGCAGAUAACUUAUGGUGACCACGAUCCGGAAGAUGCUCGCCGUCGUCAUCACGCCGCCGCCGCAGCCGCCGUGGGAAGUCCAAAGCACCAUCAUACUCAUCACCAGCACCAACAGCAGCCGGCCCCGCAGCAACCAGCUCCUCCGCCGCAGCAGCAGCAGCAUCAAUACCAGCCGCAGCAGCAGCCUCCACCGCAGCAGGUACAGCCCAGCAUCAAGUACGAGCCCGGUCAGUCGCAGAAGAAGCGUAUCCUGGCCAUGGCCCAGAGCGAGUGUGGCUACCAGCCGCAGCUGCCCAGCCAGCCGCCGUCCUCCGCCAGUCUGCCGCACAUUCCCACGAAGCAGGAGCCGGCCGAGUUUUAUCCAGAGUACGCAGCAGCAGCCCCUCCGCCGCCACAGCAACAACAGCUGGACACAAAGCGCUCUUCCUGGGCGCCUACCUCCUCGACGAGUGGCGUGGCUGCUCCUCCCUUAGCCCAUCCAAAGAGGGAGGCCCCAUCGGCGGCUCCCAUCAGCUAUGUGGCCCCGUCGGUGGCCCCACCGCUGGCUCACUCCAAGAGCAGCUCCGCCUCAUCGUCGUCGUCGAUUACCGCGGCGGCUGCAGCAGCGGCUGCUGCAGCUGCGGCAGCGGCGGCCAGCGUGGGUCCACCUUCGUGGGGAGCUCCGCAGGUUUACCGGCAGCCAUCGCAACCGCCGCCGGGCAGCGUGGCGCUCAGUGUGGGAGCUCAGCCGCCGCCGGUGGCUCCGCAUCCGCACCAUCCACACAGUCACAGCAGCCAUCAUCAUCACCAGGCGGGCACACCGUUGGGCGGAUCUCCGUCUUCAACAGCGGCGGCUGCCUUGCUGCAGCCGGAUAUCUACGGCCAAGGAGACAUUUACCGCCGCCCCACGGUCUUUGUGUCGCAGGCGGCGCCUAGCUAUGCGUACGCCAAUAGGGCAGUGGUGGCCCCACCGCCGGCCCAUAACAGCUCCAGUCGUCAGGUGAUACCAUCGCACCCGCUACCGGCGCACAUCCAGAUACCCACCCAGUACAGCCAGUUUGGACCGCUCAGUCCUGCCCAGGUAGCUGCCAGCAAGCACGCGGCGCACUUUGCGCCCACCAACAUAUGGUAUGGGGCUGAGUAGGCUGAGACCGAAAUGGGAGAGAAGAGGGGCGACGGGACGAGAGGAAAACCAAGAACCUGAACCACCCAAGCACACGCACCACACCACCACCACCCACCCAAGUUGUUCUAAUCUUGAGCUAGAGAGCCCGGGUGACUGAUUCAACGCUCGAAUCGUUUGUGGCCUCGGCCGAGGGAGUUGACCAACCACCAGAGCACAGCCAAGAACUGCAGCAGCUCCAACUGACCCAGUGCUGGUGGUUUAUGCUGCUCAUGCAGCAGACCAUCAUCCACAACACCAGUAUGCUGAGCAGCGACAAUGCAACAACAGCAGCAGCAACAGCCGCAGCAACAGCAACACAC